CAAAGCACAGUGUCGUCGUUUGUUUAGUGUUCAACUCAGGUCGCCGUGCUGGUUUGAUCAAGCAGAAUUGGUCCCAGUUUUGCCGCAGGAGUUUUCGUUGUGGAGCUUUAUUUUGCUAGCAUAUCAUCAACGAGCGUUUUCAGUUGAGACAGUGAAAGGGCGUCGAUUAAUCUCCUAAAUUUCGUCUCACUCAUGGACGAUCCUGAUGUUUACAAAGGGUCGAAGAAUUUGCCUCUAGCAAUGCCACGUGAUUGGUUUAUCAAACAUAUUUAAAUUUUAGUAACGCUGCGUUUGGCAUGUAUUAAUAAAUUCAUCAAUGUAUAGCAAACAUAAUGCAGUGCUCUGUGUAAUCUCUGGCCAAUAUACGACAGAGGAGUGGUUUGCAUCAGGAUUGUUCUUCGAUGAGACAGAAUAUAUAAUCAGGAAGUUCUGUGAGAUUGUCAGGGAGUUGGAUCGGAAGCAGUGUGUAGGCGUGUGAUCCAAAGCGACGACGCGCUAGAAGGCGUGAGGCGUAGUUUCCCGCAGUCUCUCUCUCUCUCUCAGCGAUCACAGAAAGCUCUGAUCAGAACAUGGCAAUAGGCAAUGCACGUGAGGCGACAGACUGCUUAAGUGUUGCGUUCGUUUGUUCGGCAAGUUCCUGCCUACCGACCAUGCUGCCAGACUCCGUCACUCUCGUGGUGGAUAGUACUUUCCUCUCGGAUGAAGCAUGCUUACAUUUUUCGUCUGUGUGAGCAGCCGAUUAUGGAGUUCUGAUAACCCACAUGCUCACAGAAAAUUCCUUUGCACCGGGCGAAAAUGGGCGUGAGGUGUUCGAUUUCUUGGCUUCCGAUGUUGGCACUGAACAGUGCACAUGUUGGAGACAGUCUGCAGCGUGAUCCUCAUCAUUAAUGGAGAGUGAAUGUAAUGUGCCAACCUGGAGAGUGUUAGUGACUUGCCAUUCAGGAGACAAGGUCCUUCCUCAGAGUCAUUCAAUGACAGACGCUAAUGGAAUCAUCAGCAUUUAGCCGGUAGUGCUUCUCCAUCAUGUGGCUACGUAGUGAACAGCGUGAACGACGCUGUCAGCGUCUGGGCAGCCGAGUGGUGGCCGUUGCAUCCCGCGGCGGCAUAAAGAAACAGAUCGCUGCCUUGGCCUCACCCCGUAUUGCCUCCCAAGGGGCUGGUAGACUGUCACGUUGUGGCCGUGUUUCACGAUGGAGACGGCGCUCUGGCAACCUGCUGAAAGAGACCUGUCGAGAGAAUGUCCUUCACUUCAGUGGAGGAAUAGCUGGAUGCCGCAUUAAGAAGCCAACACGACGCCCACGGAAAGGCAGCUUGGAUGACAUGGAGCCAAUGAUCACAUCAUCACCACUUCAUCAUGUUAAGAAUACUGUGAGCAACAUCGUCAAGGACACUCUAGCUGCAGUGACAAAACUGAGUGAAGAAACCAAAGAGAAUUGGCAGACACCUGUGUUGCCAGAUGUGGCAGAUGUGUCUCUGUUCAGUUCAGUCUACACCUGUUCAUCUCCAGACACUGAUCACCUGGGUCUUGCUCUGCAUGAUGACCUGAGUUCUGUGUCUUCACCUGAUCUCACCUGUCUACUGGAAGAGGAGGCUAAGAGGGCCACAGAUGUUUGUGAAGGGGCCAGUGUUCUGGCUUCAAAUGGCUGUGAUGCUUACUAUGAAGAACAGCAACAGGAACAACCAUCAUCUGCUGCAGCUAUGGACUCAACUCCUCCCACAAGCAGCCCAUCAAAACUACAAACAGGGGAGCCAGGUGAUUUUUCUUUGUUCUGCUGUUAGGAAUGAAGACAACCAAGUUUUUUUCCUUCCAUUUUUAAGAAUUACCUAGUGAAUGUUAGUGUGGAUGUCCUCUGUCUAUAUUUCAUUUCCCACCUAUUUGAUAGAUUUUGGUUCUUUGUGGUCUCUAGGUUCACAUAUUGCCAUUUGGUUAGAUUGAUGACCAAAUAAUUGAUUGUUAAUUGUAGUGAAGUUUUAAAUAAAAGUUGUAGAAGGAAAGGAGACUUUUUUUACUUCCAAAAUACUUUUUAUACAUUUAUGAAAUAAAGUAGAAACUCAUUAUUAUGAGACUUAUGUUGUCUGGAAAAAAGUUAUUAUGAUACUCAUUAAGGGCAAUGAAUGUGCCAAAUUCCAUUUGGCACAUUCAUUGC